UCUUUUGCCGUAUCUACCUGGAGGUUGACUGAAGUUUUGGGUUGCUAAGUGCACUGUUUAAUUUAGAAGCCCUUUUAUCUCAGAUCUCAUGGUCACGGUUUUUAAUAAGGGGAAAGAAGGGGUGGAAUUAAUUAAGCCUAGAGGAAGGGACUUUGAAGGGCGGAGCUAACUAAGGUGGAAGAAAGGAAAGCACUUAAAAUAAAGGGCCCACACUGGCUGCCAGGGAGGUGCAGGACCAGCAAGCAGGAAGCUGGGCUGCUCUGCUGCCUUCUGCCACCUUUCACUGCACACCCACUGCCUCUCCCCUCCUGCGUGUGCGUCUGUGAGAAGGAGCCAGAGCCCCCAGGGAGAUGAUGGGGCCCGAGGAGUACAGACAGAGAGGGAGAGAGAUGGUGGAUUACAUCUGCAAGUACCUGAGCACUGUGCGGGAGAGGCGCGUGACUCCAGAUGUGCAGCCUGGCUACCUGCGUGCCCUGCUGCCUGAGAGCGCUCCCGAGGAACCUGACAGCUGGGACAGCAUCUUUGGAGACAUUGAGCGAAUCAUCAUGCCUGGGGUGGUACAUUGGCAGAGCCCUCAUAUGCAUGCCUACUAUCCAGCCCUCACUUCUUGGCCAUCCCUGCUGGGAGACAUGCUGGCUGAUGCGAUCAACUGCUUGGGGUUCACCUGGGCUUCCAGCCCUGCGUGCACAGAGCUAGAGAUGAACGUCAUGGACUGGCUGGCGAAAAUGCUGGGACUCCCGGAGCACUUCCUGCACCACCACCCCAGCAGCCAGGGGGGCGGCGUCUUGCAGAGCACAGUCAGUGAAUCCACCUUGGUCGCCCUGCUGGCAGCAAGGAAGAACAAAAUCCUGGAAAUGAAAGUGUCUGAGCCCGACGCUGAUGAGUCCUUCCUGAAUGCCCGACUCAUCGCCUAUGCCUCUGACCAGGCUCACUCCUCAGUGGAAAAGGCUGGCUUGAUUUCCCUCGUGAAGAUGAAAUUUCUGCCUGUGGAUGACAACUUCUCACUUCGAGGGGAAGCUCUUCAGAAAGCCAUCGAGGAAGACAAGCAGCGGGGCUUGGUGCCUGUCUUUCUCUGUGCAACACUAGGGACCACGGGGGUCUGUGCAUUUGACUGCCUGUCAGAGCUGGGCCCCAUCUGUGCCCGGGAGGGGCUGUGGCUCCACAUUGAUGCUGCUUAUGCGGGCACUGCCUUCCUGUGCCCUGAGUUCCGGGGGUUUCUGAAGGGCAUCGAGUAUGCCGACUCCUUCACCUUUAAUCCUUCCAAGUGGAUGAUGGUGCACUUUGACUGCACUGGAUUCUGGGUCAAGGACAAGUACAAGCUGCAGCAGACCUUCAGCGUGAACCCCGUCUACCUCAGGCAUGCCAACUCAGGCGCGGCCACCGACUUCAUGCACUGGCAGAUCCCCCUGAGCCGGCGGUUUCGCUCUAUUAAACUCUGGUUCGUGAUUCGGUCCUUCGGGCUGAAGAAUCUUCAAGCGCAUGUCAGACAUGGUACUGAAAUGGCUAAAUAUUUUGAAUCUCUGGUCAGAAAUGACCCUUUCUUUGAAAUUCCUGCCAAGAGGCACCUUGGCCUGGUGGUUUUUCGUCUAAAGGGUCCUAACUGUCUCACAGAAAGUGUGUUAAAGGAAAUAGCUAAAGUUGGCCAUCUCUUCCUCAUCCCAGCCACUAUCCAGGACAAGUUGAUCAUCCGUUUUACUGUGACAUCCCAGUUUACCACCAGGGCUGACAUCCUGAGCGACUGGAAUCUCAUUCGAGAUGCUGCCACUCUCAUCCUGAGUCAACACUGUACUUCCCAACCUAGCCCUCGGAUUGGGAACCUCAUACCCCAAAUCAGGGGCUUUAGAGCCUUGGCCAAGGGAAUGUCCCUUAAGUCUGUCAAUGAGGCAGGAGAUGACCCAGCGCAGGCCAGGAAGAUCAUCAAGCAGCCUCAGAGUGCGGGAGCCAGUCCUUUGAGAAGAGAAGACAACUGUCAUCUUGAAACCCUGCUGGACCCAUUUGAUGACUGCUUUUCAGAAGAGGCCCCAGAUGCCACCAAGCAGAAGCUAUCCUCCUUCCUGUUCAGUUACUUGUCCGUGCAGAAUAAGAAGACAGUACGUUCCCUUAGCUGCACCAGCGUGCCUGUGAGUGCUCAGAAGCCACUGCCCACAGAUGGCUCUGUGAAGAAUGGGAGUUCCUCCCGCGUCAGGAUCUUUUCCAGGUUUCCAGAAGAGAUGAUGAUGCUGAAGAAAAGUGCCUUCAAAAAACUAAUCAAGUUCUACAGCGUCCCCAGCUUUCCUGAAUGCAGCUCUCCGUGUGGGCUCCAGCUGCCCUGUUGCCCUCUGCAGGCCAUGGUUUAGACCAGGGCUCUUUUGCCAGAGUCUGAGAAUGUCCCUCAAAAUUGUAUGCCGACUUUGUAUGAUUACGUGCAUAUGCAUUUUUCUUGGGAGUGAGUCUAAAAUUUUUAUCAGAUUGUCAUGGGGGUUCUUGACCCACAAUAGGAUACAAAUGGAGAGUUUAAGCCAACAUGAUCCAGGAGGUUCCUGCAGUCUGGUCAGAGAGAAAGGGCUGAGGGUAUUUGGUGUACUGACAGGUGGCUUCUGUGGUUCAGCUUGUGACAUGGAAUGUAACGUAGAAAUAAAUUGUGCUUGUCCCUGAAACAA